CUAGGAUUUUUCAGAGAUCCAUGUGGUGGAUCUAUGGUUUCUUUGCAGUAUGUCCACCUAACUUCAUUAGUUUAUACUUUAUAGUAAAAAACAUUAAAGUACUAUUUUAACGAAUUCUAGGACAAAGUGAUUCCCCAGAUCUGCAGUCUUAACUUCAAACUAAUUAAAAGGAUAUAUUCAAGAGUUGACCUUGCUGAAGAGUCUAAAGGUGAAUUAGAAAUGGAUUAUGAUCCAUCGGAUGAGGUAAAGGCUAUUGAUGAUACAAAGGCUGGUAUUAAGGGACUAGUUGAUUCUGGAAUAGUCGAGAUUCCAAGAAUUUUCAUUAGGCCACCUCAUGAACUUGCUGAGGAGUUGAAUAUGUGCAAGUCGACUCUACAGGUUCCAGUGGUGGAUCUCAGUGGCAUACAAGUUGAAGAUGGGCGUAAGAAGAUUGUUGAUGAAAUAAGGGAAGCAUGUGAGGAAUGGGGCUUUUUCCAAGUGAUAAAUCAUGGGGUUCCUUCAAGUGUUUUGGAAGGAAUGAUCGAUGGGACUCGUAAAUUUCAUGAACAAGAUGUUGAAGUGAAGAAAGAGUACUAUUCGUCUGAUCCAACCAGAGGAGUUAGAUAUGAGAGCAAUCUUCAAGUGUUGACAAACAAAGGAAGGACUGCAACAUGGAAGGAUUCAUUACAUAUCUCUGCGCUAGUUUCUGGAUACGUUGAACCUGAAGAAAUACCACCAGUUUGCAGGAGAACAUUCCUUGAGUACAAAAAUCAUGUCACAAAAGUAGGGGACGUUCUUCUUGGCUUACUAUCAGAAGCUCUUGGGCUAAGAUCUGACCACUUGAAAGCUGCGGAAUGUGACAAAGGACUAUCGUUGGCAUGCCAUUACUACCCGGCAUGCCCACAACCAGAGCUAACUCUUGGUAGUGGUAAGCAUACAGAUCCUGUUUUCUUUACCAUUCUGCUUCAAGAUCAGAUUGGUGGGCUCCAAGUCAUGAAUGAUAAUCAAUGGGCCGAUGUUGAACCGAUUGAACAUGGUCUCGUUGUUAAUAUUGGUGACCUUCUUCAGAUCCUAUCAAAUGACAAGUUUGUAAGUGUGAUUCAUAGAGUUAUAGCAAAAAAUCUUGGACCAAGGAUUUCAGUGGCUUGCUUCUUUACUGGAGUUUCUUCACCUCCGAAGAUGUAUGGUCCAAUCAAAGAGCUCAUAUCAGAAGAAAACCCCCCACUAUAUAAAGACUUUCUAGUAGCUGAUUACUUCGCUAAGUAUUUGUCCAGGCCUCUUGAUAAAAAUACUGGUCUUGAUCUUUUCAGACUGUGAAUAGAGACCGAUAGCCACAUCGCCAAGCAGCAGCGAAAAUAACCAUAUACCAUCAGGAAAUACUAUCAUCAUUCAGACAGAACAAUGUCAGUGUUUGCAAUUCACAGUACAAUAAUCUUAUUUUAACAAUGUCUUUCUUAUUCUGCUGUUUAUUUUCAAAUAAUGUUAUGCACUAUCAUAUCCUUCUAGCAAAAUUAGAUCAGUUAUGUAUGGGAUCCAGUGGAUCUUUCAAGUGAUCACUAUUAACUGAUCUCUUAGUUGUUUUAGUUUCAAUACAUAUUUCACAUUGUUAAUAAUAUUUGAGUCUG